AUGUCUGAUCCCACCAUGAAUAGCCCAGAUAAUGGCUCGCACAAGCGCAAGAGAGAUGGCUCCGAGGAUCUAGGUCCCGACCCGCAGCGUCUUAAUCGCUCUUCCCACGGAAGCAAUGGCAGCAUGGAUAACCAGCACAACUUUGGCCACGGAGGGCUUGGAAACUACGACCACGGACUUCCCAACACUGGGGCAGAACUCAACAUUGAUCAACAAAUUCUUCAGCAUGUUGGUCCGCAGAACGGCCUCUCUGACGAUAACGCGUUGACCGCGAAUGCCAAAGCUGCUCUCGCUGCACACACUCCUCAACACAAGUACCCCCCUCCUCCCGAUUCCGGUUUCGAUGCAAGCAACCUCACCCAAGGGCUGUCCUUUGGCGAUGAGAUGAACCAGACCCCCAUGGGUGGUGGUCACAAUCACAACUCGACUGCCGCCGCCGUAUACGCUGCGCGCGAGGCUCAGAGUAUGAACCAGAAACCUACCGUUGGUUCUCCCGAAUGGCACCAAAUUCGCAAGAACAAUCACAAAGAAGUUGAACGUCGCCGCCGCGAAGCUAUUAAUGAAGGUAUCAACCAGAUUGCUCGUCUUGUGCCGAACUGCGAUAAGAACAAGGGCGCGAUCCUCCAACGUGCCAUUGAAUAUAUCCUGCAGCUGCAGGAAGAGAAGAAGAACAUCGAUGAGCAAUUUGAGAAACACAGCCUGACUGCUAAUCAUGCUAUUGCCGAGAUCAGCGGCUCGAACUCCAAGCUCAAGGGUGAGCUCGCCCGGCGCAACAACAUCGCCCUCAAGUGGCUGUCGCGUUGCCGGGAUGCCGGCCUAGACUUUGAUGACUACGAAGAGGCUAAGGAUCUAGAGUCACUGGAGAUGGAUUAG